CGCUGCUUUCACUGGGGUUGACUCCACUUGCGUCCCACUUCGUCACACUUCUCAUGGCGCCCCUCUCACCAGCGCCUGCGCUGGCACUGGUCUCGCUGCACUUCUGCUUGGGUCUCGCCUCGGCGGCACCAGGAAAGUUGGCGGUGGAUUCCUAUGGACGGCUGGUGCCUGUUCAGGAGCACGUCUCCAUCCCAUCCGUCCCGGCGAUGGCGACGUCCCCGGUGAUUCGAAAGGUCGCGAGCCUUCCGGUGCCCACUGACUGGCCAAAGCCUUUGCCCAAGGUGCCAGCACCGGACCCAGCACCAGAUGCCACGCCCGAGCUCGCCCGAGAGGCUCAGAUCUCACGGACGAAUUCGCCUUCGACAGCUCCUCCCCUGCAUCUUCCCGAGGCUGCACACAUCUCCAGCGCGCCGGUGCAUGGUACCGAUCUGCUGGUCUUGACCUCGGGAGCCUUCCUGCUGCCGGCGCAUGUCUCGGGGCGUGCGGGCUUGCAGUGGUAUGGCAUGAUCUUCUCCCUGCAGGCGUUGAUCUGCGGUGUGUAUCACUACUGCGACCAACAUCGCGUGGGCACUGAGCUGAGUGGCCCCGUGUGCUCGGAGACCAGCUACCGCUUUUGGCACCUGUCGGACCACGGCAUGGCAUACUUUGUCAUGCUCCAGAUGGGCUUUCUGCUCCUGGGACCUGAAGAUCCUAUGCUCCGUCGUCUAGUUCCUUGGGGUGACACUGUGCGGCUGCCAGGUCCGCUGCAGACGGUCUUCGUCACGCGGCUGGUGCCUAGCAUCUUGCUGAUCCUCCUGGUCUGGCGAGGCCACGGCGAUCACUCCAUCGGAAGCCCGAUCUUUCACUUGCUACUGGGAGGUCUUUGUUGUCUUCUAUUUCUCUUUGCUCAGAGUACCUUUUGGCUCUUCCGGCCUGGUGCAGCUGCCCAAGCGCUCUUCUUGAAGCAGUCCUGGUUGCGCCUCGCCCUUUGCUCCGCUUCAGUGAUCCUCAGUCUCAUGAUGUUUGUGGCGAUGCAGCGUGUCGCCAAUGACCAGAGCAAGGUCCUCAGGUCCAAGAUCUCCUUUUGCUGUGGGAAUGGGCGGGGCCAAAGCAGUUGCACAUUCCGCCUGGCAUGUUGCCACAGCGGUGCUGGCAUGUGGCCUCUUUCAGGUGAUUCAGCGGCCCUCCUGCCGCUAUGAGGCCAGUGACUUCCAGGGGCAAACCUUCAAGGAGAUGAGCUGAGCGGUGCUGCGAAAAAAGUGUUUUCUCCUGAAGCGCUGCGCUGCUGAACGGCAGCAGGGGAAGG